CACACCCUCUUUGCACUUCUACUGUGCACAUUCUUUACAGAAACAGACGAGAGACGGACAAGAAGAUCUCAGAAAUGUCAGAAAAAGAGUCGCUAUCAGUCGGUAAUGGACAGGCAACAACGGCUCAGUUGAGUGGUGUCACAGCGCCCCCUGCAGGCACCCGCAGUGUACUGGAGGACGGACUGAGCCUCACUCCACUGGACUCCAACAGUGACAGGCUAGUUCAGCCGUUCCCACGCUCACCAAAACUACAAAGGAACAAAGGCAAAGCUGGAAAGCCCACCCAGGAGCAGCUGUCCAGACAUUUGGAGGAGCUACAGGCAGAGAGAUCCAAGACUGAAGCCCACAUCCAAUCUCUGAAAAAACGAAACACAGAUCUCUCUAGGAGCACAGAGACGAUGAAGCAGCAGGUCCGUGAGCGCUUUGAGAAAAUUCUGGCUGUCCUGAAGCAGGAUGAGCAGGCCGUAUUGGACUCUCUGGAGCUGGACCUGAGACAGACUAGAAGUAGACUGGACCAGGUUCUGAAGACGUGGAAGCAGCACCAGGACCAGGUGACCAAGAUCAUGGGCAGCACCCAGAGAGCACUGAGCAAGAGUGCUGCAGCAGAGGAAGAUGAGGGUCAAUCUGAGAAUGUGAGUCCUAAGAAGCCAGACGCCUCUGAAAAGGAAAUCCGACUGAAUGACGAGAGAUUCUUCAGGCUUCGUAAAACUUUAUACUCCAUUUCCAAAAACCUGAAAGCCCAGCUGCAGAGGAAGACUCUGCUGUUAGAUUCAUGCCCUGUGGUGAUUGACAGACAGACGUGCCAUAGCCUGAUCACAGUGAACUCAGACGGGCGAGCGUUGUUCUUGUCAGACUCUGGCCACUCAGCUCCGGAGCAUCCUCUCCAGUUUGACAAAGUGUGCUGUGCACUGGGUUCGUCUCCCGUCACAGUGGGUCAGAAUUACUGGGAGGUCGACGUACGCUGCAGCUCCGCCUGGGCUGUGGGCGUAGCCUACACGAGCCUGCAGAGGAAGGGCCGAGACAAGGGAACCAAACUGGGCCGGAACAGGAACUCGUGGUGCGUAGAGCUCCGGAACCGCAGUCUGUCUGCUUGGCACAACGACCGGCAUGUGGCGUGUCAGGGGGUCGGGCAAACACAGAUCGGAAAGGUGGGCGUGUGGGUCAAUUAUGACAAGGGUCAGCUGAUGUUUUAUGACGCAGACACCAUGGUUGUCCUGCAGAAGUUCUCCGCAGCCAUGACGCCGGUGUUCGACAGGGCUCAUCACCAGUUCACCGAGCCCCUGUACCCCGCUAUACGCUUCCUGAGAACACCACAGAACCAGAUGUGGCCAAACCACCUGGACAUCUGUCCCCUCAACAACCCGUGAUGUUCUGAGGAUACUUCAGGGAAGGGGCAAAAUGGACAGUGAUGUGGACUUAACUUGCCAAUGAUAAUGUGCGCUGUCUUUUCGAUCAAAGGCAUGCCAUGUUUAACCAAUCAUCCUUUAGCUAAAUCACUACCACACCAUCCUUUCAGGGUUGUUACAAUCAGACCUAUGUGUAAUUUAGGCCUUGCUCAGACCUGACAACCAGUGUUCAACCUUGUCUGACAGCGUGCAAGGUCAGACAACACUUGUUCAAAUUAGAUUAGACUAGUGUAAGUUGUCUGACUAAGGUGGAAGAGUCGGAUUGUGUUGUUGAGCAGCUUUUAAUGAGUCAUAUAGCACAGAAAGCUUCAAUAUUAACCAUGGAACAUAAUAAUCAAGCCUUUUUAAGUCUGUAAUUUUUGUGUAAAUCAUUCAUAUUUCUUUAUCACUGAAAGUAUGUUGGGAAAGGAAAAUACAGGAUUCUGCAUCAUCACUAGAGUUUGAUAUUGUCUGCCACAGUGAUUAUUUGUAGAUGUUUUUCCUGUUAUGGCACAUUGUGUUAACUCUAACCCCUGUUAAGUCAGUAGGGAGGGGAGAGAGGUGAGGUUGGGAGGUUUCCAGCACAGGAAAGACUGGCAGCAUAAAGUCAAGACAGGACAGGCCCUGGAUUAAGGAGAAAUUAGCUCCGAAUACUGUCAUGAAACCACUGAGACAGAGCAGCUGUUUGUAGCAACAAGAGAAAAUAAGAGAUAUGACAAACUGACCUGAAAUCAAUAUCCAGCAGCAGACUCUUCAUUGGCUCAUGUUUCUGCUCCAGGUUGCGCAGCUUGAUCAGCUCCUGGAGUCUGACACAAACAACAACAAUCAUGGGUAAAACGGAUUUCAGUGUUUAAAAUCUUUUUUUACCACAUUUUAAAACCAGUCCUGCAACUGUAUUGUAUGGUUACUUGCAGAAGUUGAAAUUAGUGACAAUAAUAAGUAUUUCAGUGUUUCCUUGUCUCCAAUAAGGAGGUGAGACUGGGUUCAUUUAAUAGCUCUGAAACUGACAUUAUUGUCUAUCACAGUACUGUCUCUACGAUCAGUUCAGUAUAUUAGUGAGUGUGAUUCGAGCAUUGUGCAUGAAAUUCUAAUGGUUGACAUCUACUAGUUCUGUGUCAAAGCAUAAUUUAUCACCUUCACUACAAGUGAACCAACAACCUACCAACCCACAGUAUAUAUAAUAUAAAGAAUAUCAGCCGAUAUAUCUACAUCAUUUCAUUAUUCCAUACCAUGUCUUUUCUCAUCAGUGUUGUAAAUAUUGUUAGUUUGUGCUCUGUCACGCUUCUGUCCAUCCUGGGAGAGGGAUCCCUCACAUGUGACUCUCUAAGAGUUCUAUGUUUUUUCCCUGUCAAGAGUUUUUGUAGUUGUUCCUCACUCUACUCGAAGGUUUAGAACAGAGGAUUUUGCACCUUGUUAAGAUCUAUAGGACAAAUUGUGAUUUGUGAAUAUGGACUAUACUAAUACAAUUUGAUUAAUUGACUUCAGAAUUUUUUACUCUACUUAGUUUGAAUUGGUUGUAUCGGUUUCUCUACUGUCAUACUGUUACUUUACUACAGAGGAGAUGUGUUUUUGUGAUUUGGCUGAACAUUAAAAACAGGCUGAGCCACCAUAACUGAAACAGA